AUUCAGGUUGUUCUGUGUAUCUGCUAGGGGUGUAUGGUUACCAGGAACGCGAGUGCAUGGUUUGAAUUCUGUGGAUUCCUUUACUAACAGAAACCAAUUUGGUCAAUUUUCGUAAAUUUGGAACCUUAACUAUUGGUCAAGGGCCAGCGUUUUGUAUAGAGAUUGAAAUGGAAUGAAACGACUCGGAGCACUCUGUAGAUGGUGAAAAUGAUUUCAAUUAGUUUCGACAGGAUCGGGACAGUGGCCGUCAGACAGGGUUUCUCACUACGCCUCACUCUGUUCAUGGUAUUCGUUUCGUUGUUUCCAGAGAUUCGCACUCAAACAUCCCUUCCUGGAAAUCCAAUACUCAGCAUAAUCGAUGCCAAAAACGAGGGCGAUACUGUGACCUUGACAUGUACGUCGUACGGAGGUAACCCCCUGCCCACCGUUCGGUGGUACAAAAAUACUCAGCUGGUGGACCCCGGAAGCAGUCCAAACGGAAAUGGAGACGGUGUGUUCACGGUAGGCUCCACCACCGCCACCUAUAACAACUAUACUUUCCAAGUGUCAAGGUCGGAUAAUGCUGUAUCUUAUAUCUGCAAGGUCAACAGUUCCUUACUGACAUCUGAACUCACGCGCUCGCUGAGGAUAGAAGUAUACGUUCCAGCGGAUAACCCCAUCAUCAGUGGUCCAACUGCUGCAACAGCGCUUGAUGCAAAUAAAAAUUACAACCACACAUGCACUGCUGCUAACGGCUACCCAGUGGUAAACAUAGUAUGGAGACUUGGAACGUCUUUCGGAACUUCUCAAGAUCUUUCACAGGGAGUGUCAGGUCGGACAUUCCGGAUCUCAGAGAGCACGACUACGAAUUCGGAUAGCACAUUGACCAAAGUGAGCGUGCUGAGCUGGACCCCCAUCACUGCUGAUAACGGGAAUAUACUGUUCUGUGUGACGACCCAACUCACAGCGCCAGGGGGAUCCGUACCAAACAUCACAAAAUCGACCAACGUUCUCAUCUCUGUCCAACAAAUUCCAAUCCUUCGGAUUCUGAAUACCAGUUACACUAUUGAAGUAGGGCAAGCAGUGACGUUAGGGUGUAGAAUCGUGUCAGCAUUGCCGCCCGCGACGAGGGUCUCCUGGAGCAGAUUUGUCAAUGGCGUGUACAGUCUAGUGGCCAUUGAUAAUGUCCGGUACUUUGGAUCCACCGUUAGUAAUCCUAAUUUGACAAUUACAAACGUAGCUCUCAGCGAUGCAACCACCUAUCAGUGUUCGGCAACAAACAACGCGGGCACGGGGAACAGCGGUAUGACGUUACUCACCGUCACCGGAAGUUCACAUUGAUUCAUUAUAACUUGU